AUGUCGAGUGAUAGAGAUCUUUUUAUCACCUAUGGCGUUCUAAUGGGCGGUGCCGUGGCACCUAUCUACUUUGGAUCGUUCGCAUCGCUCAAGACGCCCAAGACCACUAGGGAUCUGUUGAAAGCUGCGCGCAAGAAGCGCAAGGCUGCAAAAGGUUCGGACGAUUCCGACUCUGAUAGCGACUCGGACUCGGAUUCGGAUUUGGACGAUGAUGACACAUUAGAUCGAGUCACUUCGUCUGAUGCCAUUUGGUUCCCCAUCAUGGGCUCGGCGGUGCUUUUUGGCCUCUUCCUUGUCUUCAAGUACCUGAACAAGGAGUACGUCAACCUGCUCCUCAGCUUCUACUUUGGCUUCAUCGGUUGUCUUGCUCUCAGUCAAGCACUAGUCUCAACCAGCCGCGCCAUUGUAGGUCGCGAGUUGUGGAAGAAGCUACCCAUCUUUCGACUCUAUCUCGAUCAGCGCGGUCAGGGUCGCCUUUUCAAGCUUUCCUUCACCCACGUUGACGUGGCGUUGAUCUUCGUGUCGGCCGUGCUGGUUGGCGUGUAUCUGGUCACCAAGAGUUGGAUCAUCAGCAACUUACUCGCCCUUUCCUUGUCGCUCAAUGCCAUCGCGCUCAUGUCGCUCGACUCGUUUCGCACGGGUGCCAUCAUGCUCGGUGGUCUGUUCGUAUACGACAUCUUUUGGGUGUUUGCUACUCCUGUCAUGGUUUCGGUCGCACGCAACUUUGACGCUCCCAUCAAAAUCGUUUGGCCCAGAAACAUGCUCCAAGUUUUGUUGGCGCUCCAAGCUCGCGAGCCGCAACCCAAGCUGCAAUUCAGCAUGCUUGGAUUGGGCGACAUUGUGAUCCCGGGUAUCUUUGUUGCACUUGCCCUUCGUUACGACCAGCUCGUGGCUAGCGAGGCCAAGCCUUCUUUGGGCUUCACCAAGUCAUACACUCGCUUUGACAAGCCCUACUUCAAAGCAACUCUGGCUGCGUACGUGGCGGGGCUUGCUACCACCAUGGGAGUGAUGCACUUCUUCCAGGCGGCGCAACCCGCGCUGCUGUACUUGAGUCCUGCUUGUACUGGCGCCGUGUUCCUGACUGCUGCGCUUCGCGGCGAGUUCAAGGACGUAUGGAACUGGACAGAUGGCGAGCAAGAGCAAGACAAAGGCAAGGAGCAGACCAAGUUCAACGACAGCAACGGCGCCAAGGAGCCAAAGCAUGGCGUGAGACGGUCCAGUCGCCGAGCAAUUUCCUCCAAAAAGGACUGA